AUGGGUUCAGAUCCUCAGUUUGCCAAAUAUCCCGAUCUCACCCUCGCCCAGCACAUCUUCUCCCUUGCGAAUGCGCCUCGGACCGCGCAGCCAGUGUCCUUGAACUACCUUCAAAAUGCAAUCAAAAACCAGAAGAUGGCGCCGUUGUAUCGGCAUCUGGCUCAUCCUACUGAAGGAGUGCUAAAUUCGAUGGGAGAGAGCACGGCUCAACCGCUACAGCCACCACCAAAGCCUGCUGCCCGGCGUGCGUCGCUAGUGUCCAGCAACCUAUUACCGCCGAAGAGGCCCGUACCUUCCGGCAUCCUGCCCUGGGACGAAUCGCUAUAUGAAGAACUCAAAGCCGACAACGCAAAGGAGCUAGAGCAGUGCCAGAAAGAGGAAGAAGAAGCUGAAGAAAAGGCGGGAGAAACAGAGGUACAAGCAGCUCGAAGCAAGCGUGCAGAGUUCUGGGCUCGGGUUGGCGACAAGGACAAAGCCAUUGCUGCCUAUGAAAAAGUCUUCGACAAGACUGGUCCGCUAGGCACGAAGAUUGAUAUUGUCCUCGCUAUCAUUCGCAUUGGGAUCUUCUUCAACGAUAAAGCGUUCACCAAGAAACAAAUUGAACGUGCAAAUAUCCUGGUGGAAAGUGGCGGAGACUGGGAUCGAAGAAAUCGAUUAAAAGCCUACAAGGGCCUGCACCUUCUCACUGUCCGAUCCUACAACCUUGCCGCUCCUUUACUCCUCGACAGUCUCUCCACAUUCACUAGCUACGAGCUGUGCAGCUAUUCUUCCCUGGUCGUGUACGCCGUGCUUGCAGGAUCCCUGUCCCUGAAGCGCGUUGAUUUCAAGGCCAAAGUUGUUGAUGCGCCCGAAAUAAAAGCAAUCUUGGGGAACAGCGAGGACAAAGUCCCAGGCGCAGAUGAAGAGAUGAAGGAUGCGUCUGCUGCAACAGCAGAACGUGCUUCGGGCCUGGUCAAUGUGAACGCACUAGGAACGAGCAGUGCAGCGCAGUCGCAGACCGAAGCCCCUGUGGAUGUUUCCUCUCUGGGGGAGUUAGUCAACAGCCUCUACAACGGCAACUAUCGCAAUUUCUUCCUGGCAUUGGCUGCUGUCGAAGAGAACUUCUUGACGCAAGAUCGAUACCUGUAUGAGCACCGAGCCUGGUUUGUGCGAGAAAUGCGGCUGCGAGGAUAUCAACAGCUCCUGCAAUCUUACCGGGUGGUGGGCCUAGCAACCAUGGCACAGGCAUUUGGGGUCAGUGUGGAUUUCUUGGACCGAGAUCUGGCCAAAUUCAUUGCGGGUGGUCGGGUGAGUUGCACAAUCGACCGCGUGCAGGGGACCAUCGAGACAACCCGCCCGGAUGACAAGAACAAGCAGUAUGCAGACGUUGUGAAACAAGGGGAUGCCCUGAUCACCAAGCUGCAGAAGUAUGGCCAGGCCGUGAGGCUGAGAGGUAGCGAGCGAGCUUGA